AUGUCGAAACUCUCCAGCAGCCUCAAGGCAUUGAUCAACUCUCCGGCUGCCCGGCCACACACGGUGCCAGCGCCCGCUAAUAUUGUUUCUGUAUAUUCCAAGAUCCAGCAGACUGCCCAAGCGCAGCAGGUUUCACCCCCAUCAUGGAUCGCCCUGUCGACUGCAGCUACAAUGACAAUGAACUCACCUGAAUCCCUUGCCGCUCUCUACCAAUUAGCCUCCACUUCCCUCGAUAAAGUCCAAGCUGCCGAGCUUAUGCGCGAGGUUGGGUUGAAAUGCAUCAGUUUCAACGGAAUUCCCCGAUCGAUCAACUGCCUGAAUGCGUUUAAGGCUAGUCUACCAGAGAAUGUCACCAAUCAACUAUCAACCACCCCGACCCGCCUCCCAACCCCAGCAAAUAUCACUGAGAUCAGCGAACGGGGUCAAGCGCUAUGGGACUCUAUCUAUCGACCCUUUGAUAAGAAGCUAUACAACAAGCUAGGGGACUCGCAUCCAGAUCUGCCUGUUCAUAUUCUACACAGCAAUUAUGGUGCCUUACUUUCUGGCACCGCUGUGGUCGGUCGCGUCUUGACCUCUAUCGCCGCCGUUGCUUGUCUGCGUGCUCAAACUGGUGUCGGACCUCAGGUUGUGUCGCAUAUAUUUGGUCUUCGAAAGGCUUUGGAAGAUGGCAGUUGGGCCAGUGAUGUUGAGAGUGAGCAAGGUAUGCGCUGGUUGGCCAGUGAUGAGGGUAAUACUUGGAUGUUGAACAGUGUGGAUGCUAUCGUGGAGGCCAUUGGAGGGGGGAAUGGCUCGAAUUUUGCGCCUGGCAAAGCUAAGCUCUAA